UGUGGUUAAUGAAAAUAAUAUUUAUUCUAGUACGUUGCCUUUUGAUGCAUAUUAUAGAGGUCUAAUCGGGCGAGCUCAUCAAGAUUUAUAUUAAUCACUAAUGGUAAAGUAUUGCUGUAUGUUUAUGUUGUAUUCGCCCUAUCGGGAUAUUUUGACUUGAGGCCAAGUACGAAUCCCUCUGGAAAUUUCAAGUACAUGUACAUUUCAUUUCAUCAGAGUAUGAAUAAAAUGGAACGCCGUGAAAUUUUGUUUUUUACUGCCCUGUUACUCGUCUUAAAAGACUCGUUGGGUAACUGUAUUUUUGGUGAUACUGAUAUUCUGAAAGACCGCUAUAAGAUAGAUACCGAUGGUUGGACCGUGGUGCAGGUCGGUACUCCUAUCACGUGUCCUGGAUACAUCAAGGCUUGGAAAUGGUUUCCAUCCAAAUCUGCUAGUUUUCUUGGACUAGUGUGGCGGCUCACUAAUUCUUCUACUAAGGAGUAUGAGGUGAUAGGGCGUACCAUUUUGCCGGCUGUGGCAGAAACAAACAAAAUCCAUUCAUACAACCUACCAAGAUCUGACUGGAUCCCAGUGCAGGUCGGCGAUAUCAUUGGAUUUAAAUUCGACCAGAGUCUAAUAAGGUUUGACGUGAAUGAAAGUUCCCUGGUUGAAUUAGCUGUGAUUGCCACCGAGGACCUCGUAAUCGGUUCUCGACACAGAUUGACAGCCUACACAGGCUUAAGGACCUAUUCAUUUAUGGGAAUUCAUGAAGAAUAUGCUGAUAGUCGAGCAGUUUUUGAAACUAAAUGCAAGCGAUUCUCUACGAUGAAGAAAAUUGAACCAGGUGGGAUAUUACAGAGUCACGUGAUUAAAAGUUUCCGGAGACCGUCUGCCAUGUCAUGUGUUGUUCCUUGUCAGCGGGACCCACAAUGUAUGUCACUCAGCUACGAAAAGGAAAACCAAACUUGUCAUUUAAAUGACGUAAUAAAAAAGGAAACGAAUGGCUUUACUAUUGCGGACAAUGUUUCGUACUACGAAUUUACUCAUGAGCAUUACGAGGCAUGCAAAGCUGGUACGAUAUACAAUGGUGACACCCGCGUGUGUAAAUGUGUCGGUGACAAUGGUUGCCUUCCUGAAGAGUGGACCUUGGUAUUCAAAGGGGUAGCAGGAACCGGAAAUCCUAUAUAUACUGCAUUUGUCGAUGGAGAAGGAACAUCAGACAGUGAUUCGGCGAUGUUUCUUGAUUCACAACAGAACUUUAGGUUGAAUCACCACUUUGAUGACUGGUCAUCUUUAAAUAUCACGCAAGUGAAAUUAACUUUCUUGUCCGAAUUUGCCGAUGAGUUGAUAUCUUUAGUUUUUGACGGUGUCGACUCGGACAUCACAUCAUGGUAUUCUGCGAUUAACUUAAAAAUAUCGCCAUGGAAGGAUAUAACAUCAAACACCACAUUCAAUUUCUUCAGCAUUGCUGGCCAUCGGUAA